AUGGCCGCACCUGAAGACACUCGAUGCAGAUGUAAAGCUUGUAGAAGAAUUCGUGUAACGAUUGACCAAAUAUUUAGCGUUUUAGAUAUAUACGGUUGGCUAUUAAAUUCUUAUGUGGUGGACUUUUUCGAAGAAAAAUUAUGGGAUAAAUUACCGGACAGUUGGAAGUUGACCUUACAAGAUACACCUCCUCAUGAAUUUGGUAAAUGGAUGUCGGGAGACAUCUUGUGUACACGUGUGUGGCCUAUGUCGUUACUUGCACUUCGUCAAGUGACUAACAUGUUACAAAUCAACAGAAAUCACGAGGACCCAGCAAAUUUUAUAUCUUGCGAAUUUAAUAAACCAAAAAUAAAUAUUGAUAAGGAUGAUAAAAAAUUUGAAAGAGAGACAAAAAAAUUAUUUGACGAUUUAUAUUCGCAAGAUGAUAAAUUCAAUAAUUUAUUCUCUAAACAUAUAAAAAAGAAAAAACGAUAUGAGAUCCAAGAAAUAGCCCAAGUAUGCGCUGACUGUGCCUAUGAAUCUAAUUCUAAAUGCAUUGUUGAUAUUGGAGCUGGAAUGGGUCAUUUAGCUCGUACUUUAGCAUUUCAAUAUGGAUUAUGUGUUACCUGUAUCGAACAGGAUUGUAUAUUGUUACAACAAGCUAGGAAGUGGGAUCAGGAACUAUUGGCAUCUAUUAAAAAAUAUAUACCUGAUUUUUCUGAGAAAACUCCAGAGCAUUUUACUGCAAAAUUGGAAUCAUCCAACUUGGAUAAAUCAGAAUUAAUUAGUCAUUUACAAGACUUGUUUCAAAAUAGUUUUAAAUUAAACGAGACAGAAACUAAAUUUGGUCUUGUAGGACUUCAUCCUUGCGGAGACUUAGCACCAUUAUUGUUAGAACUUUAUUCUUCUAGGAGUGAAGCCAAAUUUAUUUGUAUUGUUGGGUGUUGUUAUAUGAAGUUAACUCUAAAAUCAGAAGUAAAUGGAUUAAAGGGUUAUCCACUUAGCAAGUUCUUGUUAUUAUGUAAAAAUCAUACAUUAAGUUACACGUCGUUAGAGGUAGCAUGUCAUGCUAUUGAAAAAUACUGUGACAAACUAAAGACUGGAAAUUAUGAAGAUUUAAUAGUGCAUACAUACAGAGCAGCUCUAGAAACUAUUUUAGUAAAAAAAAGUAAAAAAUUACAACAUAGUCAAUUAAGAAAUGUCAAAGUAACAAAAGGAAUGACAUUUCAACAGUACUGCAUUACAGCAACGUCACAUUUUAACAUGCAUGUGCACCCUGAUGAUUCCGAUAUUCAUAAUCGAGAAAUUAAAGGCUAUUUGAAUCGCUGGCAACAAGUUAUAAUAUUCGGAUCACUGCGAAUGAUGUUGGCACCAUUGGUGGAAACGAUCGUGCUGUUCGAUAGAUUUUUAUAUCUAUCCGAAAAAAAUUUAUCACCAACUUUAAAACCAGUGUUCGACAGCCGAUUAUCGCCUCGGAACUUAGUGUUAAUAUCUAAGAAAAGUAAUUAACCGAUUUACCGAUUUAAAUUAGUUUUCGAUACACUCCAAUCGUCGUUGAAUUUGAACCGAAACACUACUAUGGAAGACACUCUCGUAAUUACAGUUCCCGCGUCCACGAAUCAAAGUCGCCCCAGAUUGCAAUGUGUC